AGUCUUUAUCUAUGAUUGCCAUCAAAACUUAUUAUAAAUACAAUGACAAGAAAAAAUCACAUUGUUGUUGGAGACUAAUGAUAUUUAUGUAGUGAAUAUUUAUCAUUAUAUACAAGCGAAUACCACUUCUAUUCUUGAUAUAAUUGAAAAUGGAGUUUUAAAAAAUUGCAUUAGUUGUUUCUUAUACGCUUUGUCUAAUCCGGAACCUCCAUCUUUCCCAUGUAACAACUCUAUUUAAACAAAGACAAGUGGCAGUGACAAGUGUUUAGUGACAUACUUAAUUUGAAUUUCAAUAAUAAUUUGUUAAUCAGUGGACUAUACUGUAUUUACCUAACAAAUUCAAGGAAUCAAAAUAAAGUUGGAAAUUAAUAAAUAAUAUAAAAAUGGGACGCAAAUGCAAUGUGGAAAGUUGUCAAUCUGAUUCUAAUCGCCCCCAAGAUGUUGGAGUAACAUUUCAUAAAGUUCCUCCACAUUUGGAUAUAAGACCCAAAUGGUUAUCGUUAUGCAGAAUUCCUGAAGAUAAGAAAUUUGUAAAAGUCCUUUAUGUAUGCUCCAGACAUUUUUUACGAGCCGAUUUCUGUAACUUUAAAGGUAAAAAAUAUAUGCUCAAACAGGGUGUGCUACCAAGUGUGUUUCCAUGGGACAAAUCAAAAUUGGAAGCUAUUAAAGCUGAGGCAAAGAAAGAAAAACCGGUGCAUAUAAAGGAAGAACCUGUAGAUGAUAAUACAGCUACACCAGAUACUAAGCAAGAAUUACCAAGUGACUCAAUUAAACAAGAAGUUCUUGAUAGUGAGAAAAUAAAUUCAAGUAGUAAUGAGAAAAAUGAACUGAAAGAAGACCCUGUAACAAGUACCAAAUUAGUUCCAUCAAAUUCUAUAUCAAUAAGCUUCUCAAUAAAUUCAAGAGUAGAAGCAUUGGACUUUAACAAUGAAUGGUUUCCAGCUAAGAUAAUUGAAAUUGAUUACGACGAAAAUGAAGUGCUGAUACAUUUUGAGAAUUAUUCAAGUAAAUAUGAUGAAUGGAUAUCUAUGGACAGCUCAAGACUGCGGCCCUUACAAAAUGCAGAUCCAAAAACUGAAACCAGUAAAAUUGAUGAUGCUAUUGCUAAUAUUGAUCCAAAUCCAAUAAUACACAACGUGGAUAAGAAACCAGCUGUAAUGGAAACUUAUGUUGUUGGGGAGAGAUGUCUAGCCACAUGGAGUAAUUCUAGAAAAUUUCCUGCGACAGUUACGAAGGUUUUGGAAAACAAUUCAUAUGAAGUAUUAUUUGAUGAUGGGUUUGUUAAAACUGCUAAAGCUAAAUCCAUGAGUAAAACUCAAGGCAAACCGAUUCAAUCCAGUCCUCUUUUUGAUCCGAUCAAAAGUAGUAAACAGGAUAGAAGAGAGAAAAAAAGAAAACUGAAUGUAGCUGCUUUAUUUAGAAAAAGACCUAAACUAGAAACUUCACCAGAUAAGGUUAAGAAAAUACCAAGUAAUACGGUAGCUAAUGUACAAUCUCCACUUCAAGCUCAAACAGAAUCACCCAUAGAGCAAGACAUGCCAAUAGCACAGCCCUCUCCAAUUGAUAUUGAAAACUGGAAGCCAAGUUGGUACAAAGGGAAACCAGUUGGAAUAGAAUCCACACUACACACUCAAGAUGGUCCAAAAGUGUCUUAUAUUGUCCCAGAUCCACGGAUUCCGCCAGGUUGGAAUAAACAUAUAUUAAGGAGAACAAAGGGUUGUGAUGCUGGUAAAUGGGAUACAAUUAUUGUUAGUCCAGAAAACAAAAGAUUUAGAUCAAAGACAGAAAUUCUUAGAUAUAUAGAGGAGCAUCCAAAUGAGAAUUUGAAUGAAAAAAUGUUCGAUUUUUCAUUUGUUAUGAGAAGAAAACGGAAAAAUCCAGCUCUAACAACUCCAACAAAAUCUCCUGAAAAGGAAAAACCCCCACCUUUGAUUACACCCGAAGAACCAGUUGAACAACCUGAAGUUAAAAACGAUAAAGAAGAGAAAGAUGAUGAAGAUUCAAAUGGACUGAAAAUACUGUUUGAAGAUGAUGCUUACAAAUGUCCAAUAGAGGGAUGCGGAAAAAAUUUCAGGAGAGAAAAUUUAGCUCAAAUGCAUGUGAAACACUACCAUCCAGAAUAUACCAAAUUCCUGGAUUCAACUCCAAACGUUGCUGAUUUGGCAUAUGCACGAACAGUUGGGGAAAAUCUUGACAGAUCCCCAGAGGAAUAUGACUGCAAGCCGGAAAAUAAUUUCUUGAGACCUCAGAAACCACCUUUUAAAACAGCACCAAAGUCUCUAACUCCCAAAACUUCCAAGCACUCAGCUUCAGAUUUAGAAGAUAUGCCUGAAUUGAAACCUGAAAUAAAACCAAAAUCGAUUCUGGUUUCUAAGUCCAAAGAUCAGGAAAUUAUAAAACUGUUAAAUGCCAAACCCUAUAAUAAGCAAGAAGAAAGUAAUACGCAACAACAAAAUUUGGGAAAUGUUAGUCUUCUAAACACUGACAUAAAACACAAAGAUUCAUCAACAAAGAGUGAUAGUGUCCCAAAGAGGGAAAUACCAACAUUAAAAUCUUUAUUAAAGAACAGGACUUUUACUGGCAUCAAGACUUUGCUACCUGUUCAUCGCACUAAAACAGAUAAUUCUCCAGUUGUUGUAGCUGAAAAAUCAAUUGAGGAACACUACAAACCACCAUCAAAGCGAAAGUCGGCGUUUGCAGAUACUAUAGAGAUAAUAAAAGGUACAGAAAAAACUGAAACACCACCUUUACUUCAUCCUAUUUCCACACCUACACCUACAAAAAUUAAAAUUCCAUCAUCACCACCAACACACCAACAACCGCUACAACAAACACUAUCAUCCUCUUUAACAUUAGAUCCUCCUAUUCUCACUCCUCAAAUAGAAUCAUCACCUUCUUCCAAUCCUAAUCCUCCCUUUAAUAAUAUAAUAAUUGAAGGCGGAGAAGUUAUCAAGAUUGUCAGGAUGAAACAAGAAGAAAUCAUCAACUGUACAUGUGGAUUUACAGAAGAAGAUGGUCUGAUGAUACAAUGUGAACUAUGUCUUUGUUGGCAACAUGCAUAUUGUAACAACAUUGAAAGAGAAAGUCAAGUUCCUGAAAAGUAUGUUUGUUAUAUUUGUCAAAAUCCAUUUAGAGAAAGAUUAUCCAGGAAGUAUUAUCACGAUCAAGAUUGGUUGACAAAAGGAGUAUUGCCUGUAGGAAGUUACCAUACUAGAGAUGAUGAUGCAUUACAGAAGAGGUUCGAUAGAUUGAAAAAAUGUCACGAUUUAUCAGGAGGUUUGAUGGAACUUGGACAUUAUCAACAUAGUUUGAAAAUAAAAAUGAAGAUAGCUGAAGCAAAGAACCAUCCAAAAUUGUAUUUAUGGUCGAAACCUUGGUCUAAAAAAUGUUUACCUGAGAAAGCAAAACCAGAACUUGAAGAUGCUAAACCAAAAGUAGAAAGUGAAGUAACAGAAUUUCUUAAGAAUGACUUUGAUGUUGAGAAAGAAUCCCAAAAUGAGAAUUCAAUGUUGAUGAUGUUAUUGAAAGACGGUAAAAAUGUAAUGUCAAAACUUGAUUUAAAUACAUUAAUGGACAAUACUCCAAUAAUACCUCAACCGGAAGCUAUUGUAGAUUCUGCAGACUGUCGAUUGAAUUUACUUGAACACCUGGUUCACGAAUAUUCUCUGGUAGAAGAAAGAUUGGACAGUUUCGAGAGACAGCUCAGUAUGUUAGAAGAAACAGUUAAUGUAGAAAGAGAUAUUGAAUAUCCAAAAACAAGAAAUACAAUGCAGAUGCUGAUGAGGGAUUUAGAAACAUUGAAAGAAUUUAGUCACAGUUCUGUGUUAUGAAUGAUUAAAUUGAUCGUAUUGGUUCUGUUUUUGUGAUAGUUUCAAUUGAUGGAAUUAUCUUGUUGAUAUCAUCUACUGAAUAGUAAUAAUCAAUUCGAAAUUUAAAAUUUUAUUUAAACAAAUAGUUUCAUAGAUGUUUUUUUUAUAACUCAGAGCUUAAUUGUAUAUAAAAAUGUAUUGUGAACUA